AUUUUGACAUCGUGUCGUUUUCACAAAGGUUUUUCGGUAUUGCGCCUCUAAUCGAACUUGUUUAAUCCUAAUUUCGGAUUCAAACUAAAUCUCAAACUCCGCAUUUCGACCUGUUAUUACCCGACCCAUCAUCGCCGUUUAUUUUCAAGCUAUUUAGUAAGUAGGCACAGCUAUUUCGCAUUAGUCAUUUCAAGUUAACUCGAGCAAGAUGUCUGCUGGGCCGUAUAAUUACUCUUACAUUUUCAAAUACAUUAUUAUCGGUGAUAUGGGUGUUGGAAAAUCGUGUUUACUACACCAAUUCACAGAAAAAAAAUUUAUGGCCGAUUGUCCUCACACGAUAGGAGUGGAAUUCGGUACCCGUAUCAUCGAAGUAUCGGGCCAAAAAAUCAAGCUGCAAAUCUGGGACACCGCUGGUCAGGAGCGCUUCAGGGCCGUCACGCGUUCGUAUUAUCGCGGGGCAGCCGGUGCCCUUAUGGUGUACGACAUAACUCGAAGAUCCACCUACAAUCACUUGAGCAGUUGGCUGACCGAUACGAGGAAUCUAACCAAUCCCAGCACGGUCAUAUUUUUGAUAGGUAACAAGUGCGAUUUGGAAGGACAGAGAGACGUUACGUACGAGGAGGCCAGUAAAUUUGCGGAAGAAAACGGCUUGAUGUUCGUAGAGGCCAGCGCGAAAACAGGUGAUAACGUAGAAGAGGCAUUCCUGGAAACGGCGAAAAAGAUCUACCAGAGUAUUCAAGACGGUCGUUUGGAUUUGAACGCGGCAGAAUCGGGUGUUCAACACAAACCGUCUCAACCGGGUCGCAAUCCAUUGUCCAACGACCAACAGGCAAACAAAGACAAUUGUGCCUGCUAGUUUUAUCUUAAAUAUAUUUUUAUAUUUCUUCGUGCAAGAAGGAAUCUCUUCUAUCCCUAAAUUAAUCCAUAAUGUCGGGGUGUUACUUACAUUUCGCCGUAAAUUAAUUACACAUUUAGAUUUCGGUUUUACAAUCACUUUAUUUAUAGUGAACAACCUGUUAUCAUUCUAAAAUGAGAACGUUUGGUGAUUUUAGUUUUCAAUAUUAUUUAUCUCGUCGUUUUUAAAUAUAAAAUUUUAUUAUUUUAUAAACGAUAUCUGUCGAUAAUGUUCUGUUUAUUGUAACAUCAGUGCAAUAAUGUUGUAUUUUAAUUUUUCACUGGAAACGAGAAUUUGAAUAUUUAUAAACUAAUGAUAAACAUAAAAUUCCUGCUAUCGAUUCCUUAAUUGUUCCUUGUGCAAUUAGACAAAAAAGCAUUGUUUAUUAACAUUCUAGAAGUAUAUUUGAAAAUUCAGCAUUUUUAACUGAUAUCGUUUGAUUAACACUGAAUUCCACUAUUAUACGAGGCGGCACGAAAUUAUCGAAGUAAGUGUAAGAACACCCUAAAGGUACUUCACAAUUUAAUUUAGACUGUUUAAAAAAUGCACUUAUUUUGUAUUAUAACAUAAUAAUCAUUUUCUGUUAAUAAGCAAUCAUAUUCGUGCAUUUUGCUCGUUAAUUUUAUCAAAAAAAAUUCAAAAUUCAGUGUAAUGGAUAAUGUUGAAUUGAAAUUUAUUUUGAAUACAACUUUGUUGAAUAUUUAAAACGAGCCUAGUAUAGGGUUUUAACCAAAUAGGUGUAUCAAGAAAAGUAGGCUGUACCAUAUCUCGACAUUGAUUAACUUUUAUUCUCUACUCCUCGUUUAAACUGUAACUUUAUGAGGGAUUUAUUAUAUGUAUACUCAAAAAUCUUGUAUUAAUUUUAAAGAGCCCGUAUUUUUUAUAUUUCAUUACGAUUCAAAUUCGUCAGAUAGGUUUCUGAAAGUUUUAUUCACGGUGGUUUUUAACAAAUAGUCUCUAAAUAGUUGAAAUUUUUUACACUGUAGUAUAAACCUUGAUCUGGAAACAUUACCAUUAGCUGUUAGAACGCUAAGCAAUCUGAUAAAAAUAAUGUUUUUGAACAUUUAUGUUGCUUCUACGGUUUGGUAAGAAUAACAAAAGACGCGUGAGUAUGACCUUGGUGUCCUGAGUUAUUCUUGUCGGUCUGUACUCACUUUUUUAUUAUGUAAUUAAUUCGCAAAACUUAUUAGCUUUGUAGCAUUUGUGUCACUCGUCCGCGGAUUGAGGUUUAUUAAGCUUUUUCAGACCUAGUGUAAUAAAUACAUUUUGGCUUAUAUAUUUGAUAAAGAUACGAAAUUGUUAAUGCAUUAUUUUAGUGAUGAAUGUUUGUAUGUGAUGUAUUUAUUAUAUAGAAAAUUAUAAUAUAGGUUUAAGUUAAGUGGCAUUUUGUAUUGUUUUCAUGUUAUGAGGUGCAUUAAUACAUUUAUUCUCUUACGUUACAAUUUCUGUAUUAUUUACUUUUGGUUUGGCUGAAAAUUUGUUUAGGUAAUUAAUAUGCAGUGGGAAUAGUCCAUUAGAACUUAUAGGAGUUUCCGAGGAGUUACAAAAAUCACAAAAAAGUGCAACCGUUUCAGAUAACACCAUCUAGUUUAUUUAAACUAAAUCGUAUACGAAAAAAAAUCAUUGAAAAGACUACCAAAUCCAUUUUAAAACGAGACCAAUUAAAUUCCAUUUGGUUCAUUGGUUCAGGAGUUAUAAAAAGGUAGUUUUAAAAAUGCAUUGGCCUCUUCCUCGCUUAUUAUAACAGAUACGAAAAAACGUUCGAGGAUAAAAUUAUGCGGUAUUAUUCAAGCUCUCAUAUGAUGUUCUCAAAGUUAUAGCUCACCGCCAUACAUUCCGAGAUAGCACAACUUUUAUAUUCUUUAGUCCAUUUUAUCCAUCAAGAUUUUUUCUCACACAUCUAGGCUUUACCAUUGUCGAGAUACAGCCGCUCCAUACCCUUAUCCAGACACCCUGUACAAAAAAUACAGUUUUCA